CCGGUUGGGAUACACAUACCAACUCUCUCUCCCCCAUCUUUGGAUCUGUGAUACCUCCCCAAACCCACCAUCUUCACAUCCUGGUCUUAAGUAAAUCCGAUUCCACCAAAACGAAUUUGGAAGGGCUAAUUGUUGAAGAUAGUGAAGAGAGUGCCAAUUUCGAAGGGCUAAUCGUCGAAGAUAGUGAAGAGAGGGCUGAUUUCAUUCCUGAGACGGAAGACGCUGAAGUCAAUUCGUAUGGCAAUUCUUCAUCACUUGUUCCUUCCCGAAUUGAAGCUCCUAAGGCAGAAAAGGUGUUCGUUCCUCCUAUCUGGAAUCGUGAAACGCUGAAGAUGGAGCCUCCCUUAUUGAGCCCUGAAGUGCAGAAGCGGGAGGAUGAUUUUAUAGUUAGGUACUCCGUAUAUAUUACCUGAAUGGGAGAAGUAUUGCCCAAAAUCUGGCCCAAAGUGAAGGAUCCUGCACAAUACAAAAAGACGAUUGACAUUCAUGAAUAGUAGAGGGAGUUGUAUUAGCGUCAGCUCCUGAUGAUGGUGGUGUAGUUACACAUUCAGGAAUUGGAGAUGGAGUGGUAUUAGUUACAAUUCCUAGAUAUAGCGGUCUAGCAUCUAUAGAUGGAAUAUGCACACUAGUACUUGUCCAGUAUUCAGUAAAGUCGACGAAUAUAUGAGAGAAGGAAGGGAGUUUCUCAACGUUUCUCGUUGCCGGGCGGAGGCCUGGAGAUCGGCGUUACUCGCCUCUAAUCGCCAAUGGAGCUGAGCCUGGUUCCUUGUUCCAGUGUAUUCAGGUAGCCAAGAGAUCGAUCUGAUGGAUCUUCUUCUGGCGUCCACGCGAGAGCCUUUCCGAGGAAGAAGAUAAUUAACCUUCGUACCAUUAGUCAAUUGAUGUUCCAUUCUUCUCCGUCGUCCAACUCUCACAGGAGGUGGAAUAAUUCAUCUCGCUCUUCUCCACCAGUCAUCGAUAGAAGUAGCUUCAGUGUCAUCUACUAAAGCAUCUUCUCAAAAUCUUCCCAAGUGUCCUUGGUGUGUGCUUGAAGGAUUUAAUUUUCAGAGUAUUAGCCGUUAGCAGGAACCAUAGUUCUCUGACCGAUAUAUACAUCGAGGAGAUGGCGAGGGAGAGAAACAGAGCUCGCUCAAGGGAAGAAAAGAUGAAUUAAUUAGACGCUCAGAUUCCUCGGGAAGAGACUAUUCCAACCAGGAUAGUAAUGCAGUCAUUAGAGCCACGAUGAUUUACAGUUCUGGCAUCAGAAACCUCACCUUUUCAAUCGAGGUUUACAUUUUCCGCUUGUAUAUUUAGUUAUGAAUUGAAGUUUAUUCAUUCUUAUUAAACUUCUUUUUGCAGCCUACUAAAACAAAACUGAAUAAGUUUGAAACUCAUGACAAGGUUACACCAAAAAAAUUAUAAGAAGAGAAAUUAUUGAUCCCGGAAACACCAAAUAUUAAACGAACACCUUAUUCACACUUAAGAUGUUUAUGACUAUAAGAAUGUUGUUUCUGCUCCAGCGAAUUCCUUUUAGGCAGUAUAUCAAUUGCUAUAACGUACCGUUUUGCACUCCAAUUACUGAGAGGUAUCACCCGUCAAAUAUUUAUUUGGUUUUUCAAAUGUUAAAAUCUGCAAUGAGGAUGUGGAAGUAGUGAUUUGUUGUGAGCAAAUGUUAAAUUCAAGUGUGUCCUUAAUGAUUAUGUAACUUUUUUAAUUGAUCGAAUCAGAUUAACAUGUUAAAUUAAUAUGCAGAUGCUUGGCUCCUCCAUUUUCUGCCAUUAGGGGGAUGUAUAUUUCUUAUGGACUGCUUUUACCCCGGUUCCACAACUUAUCCUUUCUCAAAUUGCAGAUCACUCUUCAUAUGUUUGUCUUAUGAUAGUGAGGAAAAUCAUCUACUCUUUAUUGUUAUAUACAUUUUAGUUUAACUGUUUGUUAUCCCUAAUUGUUGUCUAUGUAGUUAUUAUAUGCAUAUACUACUUGGUAUGAGAGGUUCUGGCGUUUCCUCUGAACAUUAUGUUGUCGUGUUUUUCAUGCGCAGCUUUCACAGGUUCCUUAAAUUAGCUUUUAUUUGCAUCUAUUGGUCAAGUAGAUUGUGAUUUUAGUAAAUAUGCAUCUCUAGGAAGUUUUAUUUUUCUAUAUCUGUACUAAUGUGAAUGUGUCCAUUAGAUUCAUCCUCCUCACUCCUUGGCUCUGGUGAGUGAAUUUGUCAUUUAAGUAUAUGGGUUUGGUAAGGCUUCUAGUAAGCCACAUGAUUCUCAAAAUAAGAUGUAGAAGCAGGUGUUGAAAAUGAUCUUGCUCAAUACCAUAUCUGUUUCAACAAGAUGGCAGAAGUUUGCUGUUCUGGAUGAACAUGAUAGCAUUUCUAGGACUAGAACUAUAAUGGCUAUCUGGUUGAAUUUGACAGAAUACAUGAAGGCAGCAAGUUCAUCUGCUCAUAAAGUGAGGCAUAACGCUCCUAAUUAAAAUCUGUGGGGAAAUAUGAAUCAAGCAGAGAAGCUCCAGCGUCCAGAGAAGCAGAGAAUUCUCUUUCUUCUUCUGUAUGGUUUGCUCAUAAGAUGCCCUCAAGGAGGUUAAUUCAUGAAAUAGCACAAUUUUUUUUUCUUUGGGCAUCACAGAGGAAAAAGAUUCAAGAUUUUGGAUCAUUAUCUGUGAUCGGCCAUCAGCUAACAUACAUUGACUUCCUUUAACUGUGCAUAAACCGAAACCUCAAUUAUGGGAGGCAUUGCUGACAACAUAGGUGAUAUACUAAUCAUUGGGCAGCCACUGUAGAGUUAAAUAUGCUAAAAGCAUGGUCACAAACAAUAUUGCAGGAGAUAAAGGCAGUGCUCUUUUAAGAAAUACAUACAUUACCAAAUGUAAGGUUCUCUUUCAGGGAGUUUCAAGUCUUCUAGAAACUUGGUUAAAACAGUACAUUUUGAGAAAUAAUCUCUCAACAGAUGCAUGACGGUAUUAUUAUCAUCUCUACUCAAGAGGAAUGACAUUAUUAUUGGACUUCAAGAGUUUCUUGUACUUUAGUAUAAAUUGCAAUAAUAUAAUUUCGAUAAACGUUAGACAAAUAAGUUGAUGUAUAUAUAUUUAUCAAAAGCUUGUGUGUUGAAUUAUAUUCAUUAUGUUAAUUGUAGUGUGUUGCAUUUUGUUUCA